AUGAUCGCCGAAUUCCCGCUACCCGAGGAGAUCGAGCUUUUGCACUCGAAGCCGGCUUUCGCCUUCGCUCAGGCUUUUCGCCUGCCCGCUUCAUUCUCCGCGCCUCCGACGCUCUUUUCGAGCAAGCUGGAGAACCCAAUUGGUGAGUUUUAUCAAGAUUUUUAUAUCUCCGCACACCACUCCGAGAAGCACGAUCGU